GCCCUGCUGAGUGUCCCACAGGGGCCCCGGGUGGAGGUCAGGAGCGUCCAGUCGAGUUGACCACCCGAGGCAGUGGCAUCAUGGGGGCCUCCAGGGGCUGGCUGGUGGCCGGCGUGCUGGCCCUGUACCUGGCCUCUGCAGUGACCCAGGACGUGUGCCGAGCACCAGACGGGACGAAUGGGGCCGCAGGAAUACCAGGCCGGCCUGGGAGGCCAGGCCUCAAGGGGGAGCGAGGGGAACCCGGGGCUCCUGGCGUGAGGACGGGCAUCCGAGGCCCUAAGGGCGACCGGGGGGACCCUGGACUCCCCGGAGUCCCUGGCAUGAUGGGCUACCCAGGGCCCAACGGCCUCUUAGGGAACCCUGGCGCCCCAGGAAGGAAAGGCAUGAAGGGCAGCCCGGGGAACAUCAAGGACCAGCCCCGGCCGGCCUUCUCGGCCGUGCGGCGGAACCCGCCCUUAGGGGGCAACGUGGUCAUCUUCGACACGGUCAUCACCAACCAGGAGAGCCCGUAUCAGAACCACACGGGCCGCUUCGUCUGCGCCGUGCCCGGCUACUACUACUUCACCUUCCAGGUGGUGUCCAAGUGGGACAUCUGCCUGUCCAUCAUGCGGCUCACGCAGGGCCACCAGCUCCGGCGCUUCUUGGGCUUCUGUGACACCAACAGCAAGGGCAUCUUCCAGAUCGUGUCGGGGGGUACGGUGCUCCAGCUGCAGCAUGGGGACCAGGUCUGGGUCGAGAGGGACCCCAAGGGCCGCAUCUACAACGGGCCCGAGGCAGACAGCGUCUUCAGCGGCUUCCUCAUCUUCCCGUCUGCCUGACCCAAGGAAGGGGCCCCUUCUGCUGCCCGCUGUGGGACCCCCGUGACCCCAGUCCGCUCACUCCUGCUCUCUGGCGGCUACUCUGCUCCAUGAAGUGGGAGGCUGUCGCUUUUGCUGCCCGAAGGGAGAUUAUUUCUGAGAACACGUCCUGGAAUAAAUACUAAAGUCCA